CAGUUUAGUGUCUGGGACAUCUAGGUAACCGUUGUGCCUUUCGUUUCCACCAUGUCUUGUGUGCAUUAUAAGUUCUCAUCUAAACUCAACUACGACACGGUCACUUUCGAUGGCCUGAACAUCACUCUAGCCGAUCUGAAACGACAGAUUAUGGGUCGGGAGAGACUCAAAGCUGUCGACUGCGGGCUACAAAUCACCAACGCACAAACUAAAGAAGAAUACAAAGACGAUGAGGCCCUGAUAUCCAAGAACUCCUCUGUCAUCAUCAGAAGAAUACCCAUCGGAGGAGUCAAGGUUACAAGCAAGAUGUAUAACAUUUACCCGGGGGAACUAGACGUCUGGGGUAGUUACCCGGGGGAACUAGACGUCUGGGGUAGUUACCCGGGGGAACUAGACGUCUGGGGUAGUUACCCGGGGGAACUAGACGUCUGGGGUAGUUACCCGGGGGAACUAGACGUCUGGGGUAGUUACCCGGGGGAACUAGACGUCUGGGAAUACAAAGACGAUGAGGCCCUGAUAUCCAAGAACUCCUCUGUCAUCAUCAGAAGAAUACCCAUCGGAGGAGUCAAGGUUACAAGCAAGAUGUAUAACAUCGAGCGUUUUUCAGAACACAACUUCCCCGUCGGAUCGUCCAGAGCAAUUGAUGAUCAUGCUGCAUCUAUAUCACUGGCCCAACUCUCAAAGACGGCUAACCUGGCAGAGGCCAACGCAUCAGAGGACGACAAGAUCAGAGCCAUGAUGUCACAGUCCAACCACGACUACGACCCCAUACAUUAUGUGAAGAAGUUGACGGGUCCCCCUCCAGCCAACUACACCUGUUAUCGCUGUGGCAAGAACGGACACCACAUCAGGAACUGUCCUACUAACAAGGAUAAAGGGUUUGAGCCGCCCCAGAGGAUCAAGAAGAGUACCGGCAUCCCCCGUUCCUUCAUGAAGGAGGUGGACGACCCGUCUAUAAAGGGAGCCAUGUUGACCAACACCGGCCGCUACGCCAUCCCUACUAUAGAUGCUGAGGCCUACGCUUUAGGUAAGAAGGAGAGGCCUCCGUUCGUCCCCAGGGACCAGUCCAGUUCCGAGGAGGACGAGGAUCCGGUCCCUGAUGAGCUGCUCUGUCUGCUCUGUAAAGACCUGAUGACUGACGCUGUGGUCAUACCCUGCUGUGGCAACUCCUACUGCGACGACUGUAUCCGUACGUCUCUGCUAGAGUCAGAGGGACAUGUGUGUCCCACCUGUAGCCAAUCGGAUGUCUCCCCUGACGCCCUCAUAGCCAAUAAGUUCCUGCGCCAGGCAGUAAAUAACUUUAAGAAUGAGACCGGUUACACCAACCGCAUGAUGAUGAGAGGAGCCCAGACCCUCGUCGUCCCCACCCCUACCCCUCCUCUUCAGCCUCAGCCCCGCCCUCAGAUCCCGCUCCAGCCUAUCAGGAGCCACCAGCAGGACCCUCUCAUGCCCCGCCCUCCAGCCUUAGACACGCCACCAUUGGUUCAGCAGCAGCAGGUUGGCCCACCCCUCAGAGACGGGAACCAUAAUAACUCCUCCCACAUGGCUGCUGGCUCCUCCUAUAACUCAACGGGCCCCUCCCCCCAGCACCCAGCCAAUCACAACAACACGCUUAUUGUAACAAAAGAGCCAGAGAGUGGAGGAGUUCAGUCUGUGGGGGUCUCAGCCGACCCGCCUCUAGCCACUGCCCUCAUGACCAAGGAAUACCAUGUUCCAGUGGUGGGCCAACCCCAGUCUGACAGUCACUUCCUGCAGAGGACAGGUCCUCCACCCAGGUCCAAUCCUCCCAGACUUUCUGAAGAACCAGUCCGUUGGGACAGCCCCUCCGGUCGUGGCAGGAACCAUAGCGACCGCGCCCCUCCCUCCCAGCCUCCGCCCUCCAACGUACCUCCCCCUCUCUACAACCCUCCCCCCAUUUUCUCCUCCCCUCUCCCCCAUCCCCCAGGUGUCAUACCCCCCCACUACCCCCCUCCCCACUUCCCCCCGGGGCAACAGCCCCCCUCCAGCUACUCCCUGCCCCCUCCUGGCUACCCCCCCACCCCAGGAGUCACCAACCCCCCCUGGGCGCCCCCCAACACCCAGCCCCCCCUCGCCGGGAAGCCGAGCCCCUCUUCCUUCCUGUCCAAGGAUGAGUUCUACAGACAACAGAAGAGGCUGAAGGAUACCUCCCACUGUCGCUACGGUAACCGGGAAACGUCCAAGCUGGAUGAGUUCACGAACGACUUUGCCAAGGAGCUGCUAGAGUACAGAAAGAUCCAGAAGGAGAGGAGACGCUCUUAUUCCAGGUCUAGGUCGUCUUACAGUAGCUCAUCCUACUCCAAAUCCCGUUCCCGUUCUCGUUCAUACUCCCGUUCCUCCAGUCGUUCCAGAUCCCGUUCUAGAUCCCGUUCCAGAUCUUACUCCCUCUCCUCUCCGUACUCCCGCCGCCACGAACGACCGCGGGGCUACCGCUCCCGUUCCCGUGGCUACCGCCGAUCACGCUCGCCGCCGCAUUUCAGGGACCGAGAUGGGGCGGGACGGGGGAGAGGACGUGGACGAGGAGGAGGGUACCGGUCACGCUCUAGAUCACCUGGCCAAGGGGGGUACAGGACCCACACUCCUCCACCCCCAAGCUCCAGGAAGCCUGCCGCUGCUGGGCCGCCACCGGAGGGAGAGAGGAAAUACCCGAGCCGGACCCGGGAGAGGGAUCGGGAGCCGGCGGUGUACGACCGUGGUCCAGACCACAAUGACCCGUACGAGAGGGAGAGGUACCGGGAGUGGGAGAAAGAGUACAGGGAAUGGUACGAGAAAUACUUCAAAAACUACAACUCCCACAACCCUCCUCCCAAUAACCCCCCUCUGUACAGGGGCCGACCCGCCCUUAGUUUCGCCCCCGCCCCUGUGCCACCCACAGCCGCCGGACGAGACAGAGACCCCUACAACCCUCCUCCACCCUCGGACUUCUACCCCUCCCCCCGACGCCGCCUGGACCGUGGAUCCUCCCCCUUCAGCCGAGGGAGGAGGCGAGGUGAGGACUAUCCCCCUCCCCCCUCACACCCCUCCCCCAAGGGCAGGAACCAGCCAAUGACUUACCAGGAGAAGUGUGCUGAGCAGUUUGGAAAUGUGCCACUGGCCUGGUCAGCCAAUCAGGAUCCUCAGACGCCACUGAAGGUCGCUAAGGGUGACAGAGAUCCGUCGUCGAGCGUCGCCGCUGCCGCGUUCACUGUGACCUCCGACCUGAAAGAGCAGAAGCACAGGAAGAGGAAGAAGAGGAAGACGGAGCGAGGGAGAGAGGGAGGAGAGUUCUUCAGUGCGUCUGACUCUACGGACGACGCUCGGAAAGAAGAAGAAGAAGAGAAGGAGAAGGAGAAGAAGAAGAGGACCGGGAGUACUCCCGUUGGUUCGUCAAGCCAUGACGACUCCACCCCAGUACGGGACGAGCCAAUAGACAGCGACGCCUCAGACUUAGUCCCGGACAAAGCUGACAGGCGGACCAGGGACGGUAAGGAGAAGGGAGUGAAGAGAAAGAGUGACAGAGUGUAUAAACACAGACCGGACGCCAGCGCAGCGAGGAAAGACUCAUCGUCCAAGAGCUGGAAGACCAGCAGAGAUAGAGACGUAGAGACAGACCGGGACAAGACCGGUACAGACCGGGACAAAACCGGUACAGACCGGGACAAGACCGGUACAGCUCGGGACAAGACCACCCCAGCCGGAACAGCCAAACAGGAGACUUCUCUAAUAGAACCGUCAGUCAAACGGGUCAAAGGUGAAUUUAUCCCCUUCCAAUCAGACUCUUCCACCUCCCCCCAGAGAGAGGUGGAACUCCAACCCCCUGCACCCCUAGCAUCAGCUCCCAAACUACCUCCUCUCAAACGCCACCCAGACCAGCUCGACACAGUUCAAAUCCACCCAGACCCAUUCAAACCGGUUAGAACCGACCCAAACCAGUUCAAACCUGUCAGAACCGACCCAGACCAGUUCAACACAGUUAGAAACGACCCAAACCAGUUUAAACCAGUUAGAACCGGCCCGGAUCAGUUUAAACCGUUCAGAACCGACCCGGAUCAGUUUAAACCUGUCAGAACCGACCCAGACCAGUUCAACACAGUUAGAACCGACCCAAACCAGUUUAAACCAUUUAGAACCGGCCCGGAUCAGUUUAAACCGUUCAGAACAGACCUGGAUCAGUUUAAACCUGUCAGAACCGACCCAGACCAGUUCAACACAGUUAGAAACGACCCAAACCAGUUUAAACCAGUUAGAACCGGCCCGGAUCAGUUUAAACCGUUCAGAACCGACCCGGAUCAGUUUAAACCGCUCAGAACCGACCCGGACCAUUCCAGACCAGCCAAGGAGGAGCAGAGAGGGAAGAGAGAUCCAGGGGCUCGGCAGGACAGGGGCUCAGGGAGAGAGGACAAGCCCAGGAGAGAGGCUGACAACAGGGUGGGUAGAGAGCAGGAGAGAGCCCCUGGCAAAGCUCCAGACACCAAGUCUGAGAAGAGGAGGAGGAAGGAGGAGGAGGAGGAGAAGAGGAAGACGAGAAAGGAGGAGAAGAGUAUGUCUGAUAAGGACAUAGAGGUGCCCCAAAUCAAAUCUCCCACAGUGGAGCUCAGUGAGACCGUAAAACCCUGCAACAUCAAACGUGACGUAGAGAAAGAGACGGAAAGAGAGGAGAGGGCUUCCAUAAGGCCUCUGAUGGAGAUGAAAGGAGGAGACCCUCAGAGGAAGAUAAAGACCAACAGAGAAGAAGGGAGGAGGACCGGCGGGGUUGUGGGAGUGGCCGGAACAGAGGCAGCCAAUCAGAGCAGCUAUACGAAGGGAAGCGUAGAGAGGGGCAAAGCCAAGAGGAGCCGUAAGGUCCUAGCGUCCGACGGACCAGGAACCGUAGUGGACUGCACCAGCACCAGUCCACCAGGGGGCAGUAGUCCUGUGUGUGGUGAUGGAGCAGAGGGCAGAGCAGAGCAGAGGAAGACUGUCGUUAAAACACUGGAGGAAUACACCAACGACAGCUCGACACCUGCUGACGACCAUAUAGUACUCAUACAGGUCCCUCGCUCCAAGUGGGAGAAGGAGGACUACGAAUCAGAAGAAGAGGAAGGAGGGGUCAGGGUUCAACUCCGCCCCCCGCUCGCCCCAUCCCUCCCUUUCCCCCCUGGACCCCACAUCACCGUGGCAACGGAGACAGAGGCAGGGCGAAGGAAAGAGAGGGAUUGUACCUUUCCCAAGCCAGAGAGAACUAUGUCCCCCUCUAGUGGCAGAGACAGAGAAGACGGCCUGCAGGGUGGAAAACACUCCGGAGACACCAUACCUUCUGAGAAAGACAGAGAGAUGGAGAGAGAGAGAGAUCGGUUAAAGGAGCGGGAGAGAGAGAGGGAAAGGGAUAAAGAACGGGACAGAGAGCGGGGGAAAGAGAGAGAAAGGGAACACAGCCGCGCUUCUGACAAAGAUAUGGACAGACCGAGAAAGAUUCCCUCUUCCUCUCAGCGGCCGGAGAGAGAGAGGAGAGAAGGAGAGAGGACUGGGGAGAGAGGGAGCGACCACAGCAGUGAAAAGAGCUCCUCUCAGCGGCCGGAGCGAGAGAGGAGAGAAGGAGAGAGGACUGGAGAGAGAGGGAGCGACCACAGCAGUGAAAAGAGCUCCUCUCAGCGGCCGGAGCGAGAGAGGAGAGAGGACCACAAAGCAACCUCUGACCGCAGACCACCGGACCCCAGAGCCAGGGAGCACAGAGACUACAAGCAGAGAGACUACAAGCAGAGAGACCACCUCGACCACAAACACAAAGACAACAACGACCAGACCUCGUCCACCGUUGACCGUAACACCAACUCUACGGACCGUAGACCACCGGACGACCAGGAGACCACCAGAGAACACAAAGACCACGGCGAGCUAGGCAAUACCUCUCCCGUCUCCGAGAGAGACCCACCCCCAUCUGACCCCUCCUCCUCCUCCGGCACCCAGAGAUCUCAGGGAGGCUCUGAGCCCACCAGACCCAGUGAGAGCAGCCCUGGCGGGGACACGACGCAGGACAUAUACCCCUCUCCUCAGGUCUCCAGCUCCAUGGAGAACCAGCCCGGGAGGGGGAAGGCUGAGGGAGAAGAGCCCAGAGCAGAGCGCUCCUCGGCGGGGAGACAAAGCCAGCAGGCCAGCCUAGGAAACCUAGAGAAGGAGAUGAGCGGCUGUGGAAAGCUCCCUCAACACCCAGCCUCACUUCUACAGCCCCCCAGGACUGACAACAGGGCAGGGGUGCCCCGAGCUGUCAGAGAGAGAGAGAGAAAGAAAGAGAGAGAGUGGCAGAUGCAAAAGAUGAGGGAGAAGAUGGAGAAGGAGAGAGAGGAGGAGAGAGAGAAAAGGGUGGAUAGGGAGGAGGAGAGAGAGAAAAGGGUGGAUAGGGAGAAGGAGAGAGAGAAAAGGGUGGAUAGGGAGGAGGAGAGAGAGAAAAGGGUGGAUAGGGAGAAGGAGAGAGAGAAAAGGGUGGAUAGGGAGAAAAGGGUGGAUAGGGAGAAGGAGGGAGAGAAAAGGGUGGAUAGGGAGAAGGAGAGAGAGAAAUGGGUGGAUAGGGAGAAGGAGGGAGAGAAAGGGGUGGAUAGGGAGAAGGAGAGAGAGAAAAGGGUGGAUAGGGAGAAGAAGAGAGAGAAAAGGGUGGAUAGGAAGGAGGAGGGAGAGAAAAGGGUGGAUAGGGAGAAGGAGGGAGAGAGAGAGCACCCUAAAGUAAUACCUCCUCCCUCGGUCCCUUCUUCCAAAUCUCCUUCUGACCUGGUCAGAGAGACUGAUGAGGCAGCCUUCGAACCUGACUACAGCGAGGGAGAGAUCUCAGAGGGGGAGGACAGGGGGGAGGAGGAGGGAGAGAAAAAAGUGGGCGGACAGAGAGCGGUGGAGGGAGAGCGAGGGUUGGAGGGAGAGCGAGCGGUGCAUGGGGGUAGCAGCAGAAGUCGUAGCAGCAGCGCCAGCUCUGUCGGUAGCCUGGGCAACAAGAAAGACAAGAAGAAGAAAGAUAAAAAAGACAAGAAGAAGAAAAAGAAGAAAGAGAGAAAACAGAAGAGACAGGCGAGCCUGGACGCUGAGGAGGGAGACGUCACAGGACUGAAACACAAACACAAGAAGAAGAACAAGAAGAACAAGGACAAUACCAGAGAGAGAGAAGAAGAGGAGGAGGAGGAGAGAAGAGGAGAAGACCAAAUGGCUAGCGUAGCCUUAUGAGACAUUUCGUUGUGAAGCGUUUUCGAACCACGUUUCAGCCCCAAGGCUCGUGGCCCAAACCUUAUUCCCUAACUAGUGCACGACCUAAAGGUUUUGGACAAACCCUAGUGCACUAAGAAGGGAAUAGGGUGCCAUUUUGUAGGAAAGAGAUUUUUUUUUUUUUCUUCCUCGCCCUCCUGUCAGUGAGAAGGUCUCAGAGGCGUCACACAGCCUGUAUUCCAAAUACCUACUCCCUAUACAGGGCACUCCUUUUGACCAGGGCCCAUACCCCCUAUACAGGGCCCUCCUUUUGACCAGGGCCCAUAUCCCCUAUAUAGGGCACUAUGUAGGGGAUGUGGGUGUCAUUUGUGACGGGACCCCGUAGUGUAGAUCGUAUAGAGGACUUCAAACCGCUCUGCAAGUUGUCUACUUCAACACUUUAUCUGGGGGGGGGGGGGGUUGCUGAGGAUUUGAAUUAAUUUAAUGACUUUAAGGCUGAUGUAUAAAACAUUAAUUUUUAGACUCUGCUCAACAUUGGCUGUUGCUUGGACGAGUCGGUUUACUUGAAUGAUGCUUCCAACUUUGAUUUAAAUUUUUUGUGUUUAUAAAAAAGAAUGUAAUUGCUAAACCUUGAUUUUGUCCCCCCCCGGGCCCCUCCCCCCAGAUUUGAUUUGUCCCCC